AUGCAUGCGAAAGCUGAAAAACAUGAGUUCCAGGCUGAGGUGAACCGUAUGAUGAAGCUGAUCAUCAACUCUCUCUACCGUAACAAGGAAAUCUUCCUUCGGGAACUCAUCUCCAACGCUGCUGAUGCUCUAGACAAAAUCCGAUUAAUCUCUUUGACGGAUCCCAGUGCACUCCAGACCAACGAAGAUAUGGGUAUAAGGAUUAAGGCUGACCGGGAAAACAGACUUCUUCACAUCACUGAUUCUGGUAUCGGAAUGACCAAGGAAGAGCUCAUGAAUAAUCUGGGAACUAUCGCCCGAUCAGGUACAGCAGAAUUUUUGACGAAGCUGAUGGAUAGUUCGACGUCAGCGGACGUUCAACAGGAACUCAUCGGACAAUUCGGUGUUGGUUUCUACUCAGCUUUCCUAGUAGCUGACCGCGUAGUGGUUACCACAAAGAGCAACGAUGAUGAGCAGUACAUCUGGGAGUCUGAUUCCGGCUCUUUCACAAUCGUAAAAGAUCCUCGUGGACCUACCUUGAAGCGUGGAACACAAAUCACUCUUCACAUGAAGGAAGAAGCCAAUGAUUUCCUGGAGCCUGACACUUUGAAGAACUUGGUGCACAAAUAUUCCCAGUUCAUUAACUUCAGCAUCUACUUGUGGCAGUCCAAGAUUGAAACAGUUGAAGAGCCAGUUGAAGAUGAGCCGACAACCAAAGAGGAUGGAGCUGUAGAAGAGGAAAAGGAAGAGAAGAAGACCAAGAAAGUUGAAAAAACCGUGUGGGAUUGGGAGCGUGUAAAUAACGUGAAACCAAUUUGGAUGAGGAAGCCUAGUCAAGUUGAACAGGAGGAGUAUGACGACUUCUACAAGAGCAUCUCAAAAGACUACGAAAAGCCUCUUACCCACGUGCAUUUCUCAGCCGAGGGCGAAGUAUCGUUCCGGUCAAUUCUUUAUGUGCCAAAGACGUCACCUAGUGAUAUGUUCCAAAAUUACGGAAAGGUUGUUGAAAAUAUCAAAUUGUACGUGCGACGAGUAUUCAUUACCGACGAUUUUGCUGACAUGAUGCCCAAGUACCUUUCGUUCAUUCGGGGUAUUGUGGACUCGGAUGAUCUCCCUCUCAACGUAUCCCGCGAAAAUCUUCAGCAACACAAACUUCUAAAGGUGAUCAAGAAGAAGUUAGUACGAAAGGUAUUGGAUAUGUUGAAGAAGCUGGAGGGAACACUAUUUGACGACUUUUGGAAGGAGUUCAGCACAAACAUCAAACUGGGAGUCAUGGAGGAUCCAAGCAAUCGAAUUCGACUCGCUAAGCUGCUUCGGUUUGCUUCCUCCGCACUUGGCGAAGAUUACUUCUCUAACCGAUUAUGUUGA